GAGAACGAGAGACAGAGACAGACAAACAGAGAGAGACAGCCAGCCGACCAGCCAGGUUUAACCGAUUGGUUCUGGACGACUGGUUCGUUGGGACAUGGACCUUAAGAAGACAGCGGGCCUGUUGGCUCUGAUCUCACUGUUUCCUCCUGCAGAUGCCGUCCACGUGUAUGACCCCAAGCUGUGUUACAUGCUGGACGGUUUGCUGGCUCUGUACUGCUUCAUCAUAACCGCCCUCUUCAUCAAGGAGAAGUACUUCACCACUAAAGCGAUGCCAGAUGAAAGCCUAUAUACUGAUCUUAAGGGCCAGUCUUCUGGAGGUUAUGCCCCGCUGGCAAAAAGAGACCCUGAAAGAGGAAGGAACCGCAGAGGAACUGAUGACAUCUAUACAGACCUGAAGAAGACAACGGAUGGAGAAUAUAAAGAACUUCCUGUCAAAAGAGAGCGCCACAGAAAGAAUGAGCAGGUGUAUCAGGGUCUGAGCUCUGUCACCAAGGAUACCUACGAUUCCCUCCAGAUGCAGCCUCUCCCUCCUCGCUAACGCCACGCAACUCCGUCCAACAGUCUCGUUCCUGAACGCAACUCCCACUUCUCAUACUGGUUCCCAUGACGACCUGAAAGGAAUACACCCACCUCCUGUCAAAUAAACCCCACGGAAAACUCUUGAUCAGUGCCAGUUUCACAUGAUCGCGGCAGUAGUUCUUCAUGUGCGGUAUGGUGGAUGUUAACACUGUACUGUCUUGCCAACAGCGUAAGUCGAUUAUUUGUUAAAAGUUGGUGUAUUCCUCUUUAGAAGAAAAGGCUUAUCAGCCCCAGGUCCCCCCCAAGAGUCCCAACUCUAAAUUAUCAUUAUCAUUAUCACUGUUCAUUUUUUCUCCACGUUGUUAUUUUGUCAACUAAGAACUCAAGUUGUCUGUUUAAGUACUGUCAUUUGUUUUAUUCUUAUGGAGUUCGGGUGCCGAGUAGGUUUUCAUGUGUUAACAAUUAGCCUUGGUGGGACGCUCAGCUUUAACACACAAGGACAUGAACACAACUAAGAACAUCCAACAUUUAAAUCUACACACACACACACACACACACAUAUAUAUAUAUAUAUAUAUAUAUAUAUAUAGAAAGUUUCCCUCUAAAAGUGAAAGUAUCUGUGCACAUAAGAUUACAGAAAUAUAUUUUCAGCCGAACGAACAUUUCCCUGUAAUGCUGUCAUAGGAUGAAGCAACUCAUGUUUUUUUUAUUGUACAGAGCAAUCAGUGAUCUUUUUUGACACAUUGGACAGCUCAUUUGUACGACGUAGCUUGUCAACACACACACACGCACUCUGUCACCCUAUACUUGUGGGAACCCCCCAUUGACUACAUUCAUUACCUAGCCCUUAACCCUAACCCUGACCAUCAUAACAACAUGCCUAAACUUAACCCUUAUCCUAACUUUAACCUAAUCCUAAUCCUAACCUUAACCCUAAACCCAAGUCCUAACCCUGACAUACACCCUUUUCCUCAUGGGGACCCAUAAAAUAUCCCCACGAGGUAGGUGGUUUCAGGUUUUUCCAAUCCUAAUGAAGAUAUUUGGUCCCCAUUAGGGUAGAAACCUCCUCCUUUUUUUGGAGGAGGUUUCUACCCUAGGGUUAGGGUUAGGGCGCCUGCCUUUGGAGGUUUACCGGGCACAGCCAACUGGGAGGAGACCCCGGGGUAGACCCAGAACUCGCUGGAGGGACUACAUGUUCAGUCUGGCCUGGAAACGCCUUGGGAUCCCCCAGGAGGAGCUGGAGGGCGUUGCUGCGGGGAGGGACGUCUGGAGUGCCCAAUUUAGCUUGUUGCCACCGCGACCCGACCUGAUGAGAUGAGAUGAGAUAGGGUAGAAACACACACACACACACACACACAGUUAAACAUUCACAGAAUUGCCUCUAAUUUGAAGUGUUUCUACGCUGUCAAGGUGAACAAGUAGCAAGUCAUCAGCAGCGUUGCCUCUCAGUGCUGCCAUGAAAGGUUUUCAGUUUUAAUGGCAGAGCUUUUAGUAGUGAUGAAAAAAUACCACUUUUCCCUCAGUUUGAUAUAUAUAUAUAUAAUCUCAGUUAUUCCAUGUGUUGUUGUAUAGUAAUGUAAUAACGGAGUUUAAAGGUUGUGAUCCUGUCUGGGUGUCUGUGAACCUGAGCCGCCUGUCACCUUUCAGUCACAGACACGCCGCUGUUCACCAAGUCACCAGCUAAACCUGCUCGUGUCUUUUCUACUGUACACUUUCAAGCAUAGAGUAUCACUGGUGUGGGGCGUCCGGGUAGCGUGGCGGUCUAUUCCGUUGCCUACCAACACGGGGGAAGGCGGUUCGAAUCCCACCGUGUUACCUCCGGCUCGGUCGGGCGUCUGUACAGACACAAUUGGGCCGUGUCCGCGGGUGGGGAGCCGGAUGUGAGUAUGUGUCCCGGUCGCUGCACUAGCGCCUCCUCUGAUCGGUCCGGGCGCCUGUUCAGGGGGGUGAGUGAAACGGUGGUAAUAUGCUACGUCCCCUGGUGAAACUCCUCACUGUCAGGUGAAAAGAAGUGGCUGGCGACUCCACGUGUAUCGGAGAAGUCCUCUCCGGGU